UUUGACAUUCCUCAUUCCUCCUUUGCCAAAGGCCAUGGCCUGGAUAGAAGAAGGCGUGGAACAGGUAUAAAGAGAGGAAACUUUGUCAACUCAUGUUCAGACCUGACGCAGCUGCUUCCCCUCUACAGCAAAAAGUGAUGGCGUACUCUACCAGCACUCUCGCGGAGGGCUGCUUUGGGAAAGUGUACAAGCAGAAGUACAAUGAUACCUGGGCUGCAAUAAAGAAGGUCCCCCAACAUCUCAUCAGUAAGAAGGACCUGGAGAGAGAGUGUGCAGUGUACAACAAGGCAACUCAUCCAAACAUAGUAAAGCUACUGGGAAACAUAACUCUCAAAGACGCGAAAUGGGUUAUUCCUCUCGAGUUCAUCUUCGGAGAGGAUUUGGAGACCACCAUCUUCAAAGCAUCAAAGUCUAAAAUACAGCUGACUCCGUCUAUUAAAGGCUCCAUCAUCGUUGGCAUGUGUGAAGGGCUUCUUCACCUCCACUCCAGAGAUAUUGUCCAUCAAGACCUCAAGCCUGAGAACAUCAUGGUGGAGCAUAACACAAACAGAGCCGUCAUCAUCGACCUGGGACUGGCCAAGUUCUUCCGAUUUGGUCUCAAUUCUGCCAUUGACAUGGGGAACGAGGCCUACUCAGCGCCCGAGGUGCUGCAGAGGGGCAGCCAGAGGGACCAGCGCUCAGACGUGUGGGCCAUGGGUAAGAUCAUCGCUGAGCUCUGGGCCCGGGUUCGGCUGUACACGCCCAGCGUCUGUCCCGCCAAGAUCAAGGAGAUCCUGCAGGAUCAGGGUCAGCCGUACUGCCAUGCUGUGUGUAGGAUGGUGGACCCCGACCCUAGUCUGAGGGCCUCUGUGGGUGGGGUCAUGAGUGAGAUACGAAGGGCCGCAGGUGCAGGCAACGUCACCAAUACGCCCGUUCAGAAAGAGCACCUUAAGCCACCUACACCUCAAAUUAAUGUCAGAAACCCUUCUCCGUCACCAGCGAACAGAGAUCCAUCACCAAUGAACAGAGCUCAUUCACCAGCGAACAGAGAUCCAUCACCAAUGAACAGAGCUCAUUCACCAGCGAACAGAGAUCCAUCACCAAUGAACAGAGCUCGAUCACCAUUUAACAGAGAUCCAUCACCAAUGAACAGAGCUCAUUCACCAUUUAACAGAGAUCCAUCACCAAUGAACAGAGCUCCAUCACCAUUUAACAGGGAUCCAUCGCCAAUGAACCGAAGAGAUCCUGCACCGUUUAAAAGAGAUCCUUCACCGUUUAACAGAGAUCCAUUAACACACAAUAAGUCUCCAUCGCCGCUGAGCUGGGAGCGUUCACCCAAACCAGAGUUCAAAACUUUGCACCCUCAAGCCGCAAUGCACGUCUCUCCUUUCCCUCGGAGCACAGAGGACAAGAAUAAAAACCAGGCUCUGGUGCCGACAGGCGGAUCCGAGCUCACGCGAGACUUCAUGAAAAUGCAGUUGUACCAAGAGGCUGCCAAGGAUCUGCCCUGCAAACUACCCACAACAGGGAGGGUGGUGGUGCGGCGCUUUGAGGAGAAAAACGGGGAGGUUGGAACAUGGGAGCAGAAAGAAGUGGUGACUCGUGACGGGAAGAUAGUCAAGUUCGAUGACAUCAAGUUUAACAGCAGCUAAAAAAUAAGCAUUUAAGAAUUUGUUGUAGCACUGCCGCCUCACAGCAAGAGGGUUCAAGCAGGUUCAAACCCGGCUUGGGGCCCUUCUGUGUGGAGUUUGCAUGUUCUCCCUGUGUUAGCGUGUGUUUUCUGCGGGUUCUCCAGCUUCCUCUCACAGUCCAAAGUCAUACAGGUUCAUUGUUGACUCUUAAUGUCCCAUAGCUGUGAAUGUGAGCGUGAAUGGCUGUCUUUCUCUGUGUCAGCCCUGUGAUAGUCUGGAUGAACCCCGCCUUCGCUCAAUAUCAGCUGAGAUCGGUUCCAGCCCCCCACCCUCCGCGAGCCUGAAUAGGAUAAGCGGUUACAGAUAAUUCAGGGUAGGUCAGGGUCACCUAACUUUUGGUAUCUUCCUAAGAGGGCAUCUAAAAUGCAUCUCCACUGAGCUAAAGAGUAAACUGAGAGUAGGCACCUCAUUUUUGCACACAUAAAUAUUGUAAUAAAACCUGUUACAAACUUCGAAAUACAGUUUGGUAAUUUGAAGCGGUAAUAAGAGGACAUCUUGAAAUAGCUUUGGUUGUGCUUUAACAUCAACGUCAGCUGUGUCAGGAAUUUGAUUGAUAGCUCCUUUACUUGCCAAGAAAGAAAUGUCUGCAGGCACGAACAACCAUCUGUGAAUGUUUUUCAGCAUCUGAAUGCAUAAGACUGUGAACACUGCUCAAACAUUAUGUGUAUGUUAAUGUUUAUAAAUAAAUUCUGAAAUUUCAAUUGCAGAGAUA